AUGCCGCCAAAGAAAGGAACGAAACGCAAAGCGGUUGCGGCGAGUAAAAAAGAUGCGGAUGCGGAUGCGGCGGCGGCGGCGGCGGCGGACGUCGUCGUCGACGACGACGGCGGCGGCGAGAAGGAAGAAAUCGAGAUUCCAAAAGUAACGGAUGGAAUUGACGGCGAGAAGGACGAGGGUGGUGGUGACGGUGGUGACGAACAAGAACAACAUCCAACAGAAGAAAAAAACGAAAAAGACCAGACGACAAAAACGGUAAAGAGACAGAAGAAGAGCAAAUCGCCGUCGUCGAAAGAGGAGAAAGCGGUGGGCAACGACGAGAAAGAUGGUGGUGAAGAUAAUAAUUCUCCCAAAACGACGACGACUGCAACAAAGAAAUUUUCAGAGGAAAAGAAGAAAGUUCGAACGCCGCCGCCGUUGGAGUAUCCAACGCUCGAACAGAUUCGAGGAUUCGUUCCAGCCGUCACGUGCGAUCACUUUGAGGCGAAAUUUCGCGACGUCGAGGAUCCGCAAUACGAUCAGAACCAACUUGAAGUAUUCAACGCUUUGAUAAAGUUUCCGGUCAAAUCGCAGUUGCAAUUCAUCGAGGAGAGCGACUCGUUGGCUGCGCUCAGGAAGACGUUGGCGAGUCACAACGCAAAAGUGUGGUUGCAUACGAAGAGCAUGGUUGCAGCGGAGAAAGAACUGGACAAGUUACCGGAAAAAGUAAGCCAAGCGUUGAAAGCUUUGUACGAUUCCAAUCACAUGAAAGAAGAUGCGCUUGAUUUUCGCGUUUUAUCUUUCUUAGCGCAAAUGAAGGAAGAGAGCGCACUUUUAGCCAUCGAGGAUUUGUCCAAUCAAAACUUAGAUGUGAUUAAGAACGUAUCCGCGUAUUUCAAAGGCGUUUGCAGAAGAAGGAACGACGAGAACAAAGAUGGAGUUCAGUUUGGAUCGAUGGGCGGCGGCGCCGGAGGGACUCAAGAACAAGGCCACGCGUACAAUCCAGCGUUGCAGGAUGUUCAAAACGCGCUCAUGCGCGGUGUCAUUACGCCCAUGGUAGGUACGGCUAUGGAGCGAUUGUUCACGUCUAAUCCGGGCGUUCAAUUUGACGCCGCAGCGUGGGAAGAAUUCACGCAACUCAACGAGAUGAUGGCGAUGAAUUGCAUCGACGAGACGUUCAUCGAGUUACAGAACGCGAGAGGCGGCGUGCGUAACCCGAACGGCUUGUUCGUCUCAAAAAUUCGAAAGUUUCUCGGACAAAUGCGGAACAAUUUCGGUGGUGGUCAUGGUGGUGGGCACUACGGAGGAGGUGGUGGAAAUUUCGGUGGUCGAGGAGGAAGAGGGAACAAUUUUAAUAACUACAACAACAACAAUAACUUCGGAGGAGGAAGAGGAGGUGGCGGCGGCUACGGCGGCCAAGGCGGUGGCGGCUACGGCGGCCAAGGCGUGGACGAUCAAACGCUCAGAAGUACGCUCCCAGCGUACGCGAACAGAAUAAUCACUUGUAUUGAGAAAGGCCGUUUCCAACGAAACGCCAUCGACGAGCGCAUGCUCUCCGCCUUGUCUCAAGUUCGCGACCCCUCGGCGAUGGAAAAAAUUGUCACGGAAAUGGAAACCGCGAACGUGGACAACGUCCGAAACGUCGCCGGGUAUUUCAUGGGCAUCAUUAGAAAGAACAAAAAUAGCAGUGGUGGUGGUUACGGAGGGCAGUUUCAAUAA